AUGCCCUUCCCUGGAGAUGAGGAACUGCCUGAGAAACCAACAGACCAAGGAUCGUUGUACCUGCUCCCCAAACCCGGUAGUUGGUACAGGAUCCGGCAUGGAAGCAGUGUUAUCUCUUUCUUUAUCGAGGCAGGCUCUAAUGACUCGUUCAGAGUGGCCAAAACCCUCCGGCUCCGAAUUUACUCAUUCAACGCCAAAUCCCUUCUUCGAAAGAUCGCAACCGAAGCCAAAGCCACUUACCGCUCAACUGUCGGCAAGGUUCCAGAGGUCUGGUUCUACCGCCCAGGAGGAUUCGACCCCCGAUGGGAGGUUACUAGUCACAAGCCCCGACGGGCAAUCGACACAGUUAUCCUCGAACCCGGUCGUUCUGAGGCCAUUGUUUCCGAUGUCAAAGACUUCGUCUCCAGCGGAGAUUGGUACAGAGCUCGGGGCAUCCCUUUCCGACGAGGAUAUCUUUUGCACGGGCCCCCUGGAACAGGCAAAACAAGUAUUGUCGGCGCCAUUGCCGGCGAGCUCGGGCUGGACGUCUACUGCUUGGCUCUGUCCGCCAGGGACCUCGACGACGAAAAGCUUUCGAAACUCGUCAACCGAGUCCCCCCUCAGUCCAUCCUGUUGAUCGAAGAUAUCGAUGCUGCCGUCUCUCCUGCACCGCGACAACACGGCGCGAGGAACGAGAACCCUCAUGUUAACUCUCCUCCAGGCCCGAUGGGUCCUGAUUCCGCCCCUGUGAUGGGACCUGGGCAAGUAGAUAACAGUGAAGCUCCAAGGACGGGUGUGACGCUGGCUGGCCUGCUGAACGCCCUCGAUGGCGUCGACUCUGCGGAAGGCCGAAUUCUUUUUGCUACUACGAACUAUCCUGACAGGCUUGACUCUGCUAUCAAACGUCCAGGACGCAUGGAUCGGCAUUUUUACAUCGGACUGACUACUCGACCCCAAGCCAAGGAAUUGUUCAAGAAGUUCUAUCCCACUUUCCCCAAGGGCUCUCGAUCUGAAUUCGUGGCAUCUGGCUCCCUGGAUUCGAUUGCUGAAGCAGAUGAUGUUAACGAGCGCCUAGAAUUGGAAACACUCGCAACGACUUUUGCGAACAUAGUUCCCGAGAACACUUAUGCUAUGGCGGCACUUCAGGGCUAUCUUCUGACUUACAAAAGCGAUCCAUACGGAGCCUGCAACUCGGACAAUUUCAAACAGUUCAUGGAUGAACUCUCUACGGACUUGAAGGCGAAAGGCGACGACGAACAGACGGGCGACACUGCCGGCUCGAGGGUCUCUGGAGCCGCCCCGCGCUCGCCACCCGCAAAUUUGAAUCUUUCGCUUCCUGACGCUGAGCCUACCGACCGUCUGGUUCAAGUCCCAUGGUGGAACCAUGCGCUCACGUCUCCCUGGGUAACCCCGCCCUCGAGUGAACCUCCUGUUAUCCCCUCCCCAGGCUCACCCGUCCCCUACCAGUGCUUCUCUCCAUCGUCCAUGCUCAGCACCUCAGCGCCUACUUCCGUUGCUCCUGGCCCCUCCACUGGGCUACGAGCUUUCGAAGACUUCGAGGCAGAGUAUGAAGAGAUGCGCUCUGCGGUGGCUCGUAUGGCUGUUCAUAUUUGGGAUGUGGAUAGGGGUGUGUCGGCGCUUGCUCGUAGGCUUGCAAGUGCCAGUGGUGAUAGCGAGGAGAGUCUGUUGCUACGAAGCGCGUCUAGACAGCCUUGCCGACACCCCGACGUCGACGAUGCGAUGCGGAACUUGCUUUCGAAGUCGGUGGGUGACGGAGAGUCGCCGCGGAGUCGGGAGGGUGGGCCUGUCACUCAAGUUGUUCCUGCGACAGAGUCUACUAGUAGGCGCUCGUUGGAUUCAGACAGGUUGAGCUACCUGGAUGGGUUGGCCAGCUUGUUUGGCGAAGGCGCACAGCCUGAGUGA